CGCGGGGCGGCCCAGAGCCCCUGGGGGUGCGGAGCCGCUCCCCGCCCGCCCGAGCGACAAUGGCACUACACCCACGGAGAGUCCGGCUGAAGCCGUGGCUGGUAGCCCAGGUGGACAGUGGGAUGUACCCGGGGCUGAUCUGGCUCAACCGAGAAGCCAAGAGGUUUCAGAUCCCCUGGAAACACGCGACCCGGCACAGCCCACAGCACGAGGAGGAGAACACCAUCUUCAAGGCUUGGGCUGUGGAAACGGGAAAGUACCAGGAAGGAGUGGAUGAGCCAGACCCUGCCAAGUGGAAAGCCCAGCUCCGAUGUGCCCUUAACAAAAGCCGGGAAUUUAAUCUGAUGUACGAUGGUACCAAGGAGGUGCCCAUGAAUCCUAUUAAAAUUUAUGAAGUGUGUGACAUCCCACAGUCCCAGGGAUCAAUCAUUAAUCCAGGUUCCACCGGCUCAGCUCCGUGGGAUGAAAAGGAUAAUGAUCUUGAUGAUGAAGAGGAGGAAGAAUUGAGUCAGUCUCAGCAUGUCCCUAUUCAAGAGACAUUUCCAUUUCUUAAUAUCAAUGAUUCUCCGAUGGCUCCAGCUGCUGCAGAAAACUGCAGCCCUGAAGCUGUGUGGCCAAAGAAUGAGCCUCUAGACAUGGAAAUGCCCCCAACUGCACUGCAGCAUGACUUCUUCAGCAGCCCCGAGCUCUGGAUCAGCUCUCUGCCAAUGACAGACCUGGAAAUCAAGUUUGAAUAUCGAGGAAAGGAGACUGGCCCGACCACGACUGUGAGCAACCCACAGGGCUGCAGACUUUUCUAUGGAGAGCUGGGUCCCAUGCCAGACCAGGAGGAGCUCUUUGGGCCCAUCAGUCUGGAGCAAGUGAAGUUUCCAGGAACAGAGCAGAUCACCAACGAGAGGCAGAAGGUUUUCACAAGUCGGCUGCUGGAUGUUAUGGACAGGGGACUGAUCCUAGAGGUCAGUGGCCACGCCAUCUACGCCGUCCGGCUCUGCCAGUGUAAGGUGUACUGGUCUGGCCCCUGUGCACCUUCCUCCACCACACCAAAUUUGAUCGAGAGGCAAAAGAAAGUCAAACUUUUCUGUCUGGAAACAUUCCUAAGUGAGCUGAUUGCCCACCAGAAAGGACAAGUUGAGAAACAGCCACCAUAUGAAAUCUACUUCUGUUUUGGAGAAGAAUGGCCUGAUGGAAAACCCAGGGAGAGGAAGCUGAUUGUGGUUCAGGUCAUUCCCGUCGUGGCCCGGAUGAUCUAUGAAAUGUUUUCGGGCGACUUCACGCGCUCCUUUGACAGCGGCAGCGUGAGGCUCCAGAUCUCCACCCCUGACAUCAAGGACAACAUCGUGGCUCACCUGAAGCAGCUGUACCGCCUGCUGCAGAACCACCAGGAGGGGUGGCCCAUGCCAGCACCCACCAUGCACAUGGCACAGCCCCUGCCAGCACAGUGACAGCCGCCGGGCUUCUUUCCCUUGUAUAUAUUCAAAAAAAGUGCCUUGCUGAAAUCUGUAAACCUGAGAUUCAGUUUCAGCAGUCCCCGGUCCUUUUAUUUGGAAAUGCUUCUGGGGAUUGCAGGGAGACUUUUAACUCCUCCUCUGUUUUUCAGCUGUUUGCUUCAGCCACUGAUGUGUGUAAAGCAGAUUUCCAACCCUGUAAUAUUUGUUUGUUUUUAAACCCACUCCAAACGUUGUAUAUAAACACUUGAUCCUUAGAGAGGGAUAAAUAAAUCAACAAAUAAAACCCGCGCUCUAAUGAAACCA